GAGACUGGUGCAAACAGAGAAAGGACGCUCAGCCAAUCGGAGAUUUGGAAAUGGGCGGAGAGAGGCCAGAGGGUGACGACCGACAUGUCGCACAACUCGUGGAGGUUGCGUUGCAGUCUGUGCAACAAAGAGUUCAUCGGCACGCUCAGCAAAGUCGUGAAUCACCACACCCAACCGUCGGGCAAUGCCCGCUGUCCCCAUACCACCGGUGAGAUUCUUUCUGUGAUUCGAAGCAAGCACCCAAAGGUGAAAUUGUUCCCUGCGCUGAUGACGAAAUUGAACGAGUGUUAUGCUUUGCAGGGCCGUCCAGCAGAUGCUGAGGAUCCGCAGGAUCUUGCAUUGGGUGAUGAAGCUGGUGCAUUAGGGGAGCCCGGUACGUCGUCGGCAGGAGGAGACAGUGGGCGUGACACAGGUUCAACGGGGGGACAAGGCAGUGGUGUCGGUUAUGAUUCGACAUCUGUUCAACGGCGGGAGAGGGCAGAUUUUGUUGCCUAUACAGCCGCUCCGGAUUCCAGGGGGCCUGACCUCCCGUCGGAGAUUGCUGACCACCUGCGGGGUCCCGUUCUGGCUGCCGCUCGCCCUCCGCGACCUCCAUCGAGUGUGCAGCAGUCGUCCAUGACAAGUUACGUGGUGGAUGAGCUGCAAAAGGAGUUCGACCAGGGGGUUGCUUCGUUCUUCUUUGAGAAUGCCAUCGCCUUCAAUGUCGCGCGCUCAGAUUCCUACAAGAACUUGGAAAGGCAUGAACCUGGCAGCGCACAAGCGGUUAUCGGGAAGAUCACAACCUUCAUCAAGAGACAUCAGCGGGCGUUGGCGAUGUUUCGAAAAAGUGGGAGGGAGUACAGGACACAGAUGAACAUCAAAGAAGGGAGGUCGUUGGAGCUGAUCCAAUCGAGGGAGACUAGAUUUGGCACAAACUUCCUCAUGCUGCAGCGUCUUCGGGAGUGUGAGGGCGUGUUGCUGUUGACUUUUUCCUACCCGUGGUGCGAUGACACUCCAUGGGACAGGACAACGACGACACGGGCGCGGUCGUGCAAGGAGCUCAUACGAGACACUGGUUGGUGGUUGACUGUGGACAGGGCAUGCACCUUGCUUGAGCCCGUUUACGCCUUGAUGAAGAACAUGGACAGAGAUGGGAGGAUGGGUAUGCAGGUGUGGUCGUUGGGCAUCACAUUGGAGAAGAGAAUGGUCGUGCUACCCAUGGAUCACGAGACAAGGCAGUUCGUGAUGGCGAAGGUCAAAGACCGUGUGCAGAUGAUGGCUCUACCUGUGCAUGCAGCGGCUUGGAUGUUGCACCCGCUCCACCGAUCACCUCUACUCUUCGACGACUUGGAUUCCGAGGAGAUUGCGAACACUUUGACACGCUUUGCUUCGGUUCACCCGAAGAAUUCAAAGGAGUACAAAGAGUGUUGGAACUCCCUUAAGAGUUUCCAUCACAUGGAUCCGGAGUGGAUUGGGAAGAACUCUGAGGAGGCUUUGACGGGCGAUCACGUGUCUAUGGCGCAGUGGUGGUUGACUUAUGGGAAGAGGCACCCAGCCUUGAUGGAGAUCGCUGUCAAAGUGCUUAGCAUGUGGACCACAGCCUCUCCAUGUAAGAGGAAUUGGUCCACGUUCGAUCUUGUUCACUCGAAGAGGAGGAAUCUGUUGAGCCCGGAGAACCUGGAGAUGCUCGUCUUCAUCCACUGGAACAAGAAGUUGCUGCGCAUGUCAAAGGCCAAAAUGGGAUUCGUGAACACCGAGCAGCUAGAGUGGGAGACACCUGAGGACGACGCUCCUUUCGACGGUUUCAUGCAAGACGGGAGUACAACCCCGCAGAGAUCGAAGAGCACUAGAUUCGACGUGCGGGAGAUUCAGGAGGAGAGGUUGGAUGACGGGGCGUGGCUCCUUGAUGUUUCCUAUGGCCCUCGCCGUCUCGCGGUUGACGACCGCGGGAAGACCGCUGCUGCUGUUGAUGAGGAGGAGGACGACAGAGACGACAACGAUUGUGAUGAUGAGUUACUCGAAGUGCGGCUCACAGACAAGCGGCUUAGCAGGCGGUCGGGCGGCGGGUCAUGUUCCGCGACAGAUGUUGACAUCACGCCUUUGGUUGGCCCUGCAUCCGGCGGGCCUUCGACGGUUGCUUUGGUGUCAUUGAUGGGCGACGCUGGUGCCGGUACACGACUGCGCAGCUGCGCGGCCGGUGGUGUGGCUUCAGUUCAGGGCACCAGCACAGUCUUGGGCGCGCAACACACUCCUCACCAGCGAGCUGCGGUCGAGGAACUAUGCACAGGCUGCGGGGCGACAUGCGGAGGAUCGACGGAUGUUGACGAGGACAGUGCUGCUGCGGGGGAUGUUGGAGACUUUGGUGUGUCUGUGGACGUUCUGAUUCCCGGUGCUGCUGAACACGAGGAUGGAGACACAGGUGCGGACAAGGACGACCCGGUCCCUGGAGCAACGGAGGACACCCAUUGCACCGGAGGCGAUGUGUUCUCCACUCCGGACCCAGGGUUGCUGCUGGCUGACAGAUUCGCCUCCUUGUUGCAACAUGUGGCCCCCAUUGCUGCGAGAGGCUCCAAGACAGACUUCCAGAAACACCUGGCUGCGAUGUCCCCCAUGAGGAGUGAUUCCGAGGGACAGACUCCUGAUUGGGCCAGAUUCACUGGACCGACCCCUCCCACUCUACAGUUGAGCGAGGACACUCCUAUACAGGCCGGGGAUGGAUCGUAGGGCAUGGUGUACAGGAGGAGGACCCGAGCUGCUGGACUUGACCACCCACAAGAUGCAGCUGCACAACGUGAGCCAGUGUCGCCGCCCGAAAUC